AUGGACGCAAGAAUCCAAAGGAUUAAGGUUGCCAUUCUUAAUUAUCCUGAUUUUCCGAAGAAGGGAAUCCAGUUCAAGGACAUUUUCGGAAUUUUUAGGAAUCCUGCGUUGAUUCAAGAGUCCAUAGAUGUGCUCGCUGAAUUAGUUGCCGAACAUUACACGAAAAAUAAGCCGCUGGAUGCUAUCGUUGGUAUGGAUGCUCGGGGGUUUCUCUUUGGACCUAUGCUGGCCGUUAAGCUAAAUUGUGCCUUUGUCCCUAUCAGAAAGGCCAACAAACUUCCUGGUGAAUGCUUCUCCGAGGAGUACGAACUGGAAUACGGAAAGGCAACUUUGGAACUUCAAAAAUCUGCCCUAUCUCCAGGAGCUCGUGUGCUUGUACUUGAUGACCUUAUUGCCAUCGGCGGCACCCUUACAGCUGCCUGCAAACUUGUGCGAAAGGCUUCUGCAGAACCGGUCGGUUGUGUUGUCCUCGUUGAACUCGCUGAUCUCAAUGGUCGUGCGAAGUUAAAGGAACUGGGUGUACCCGUCCAGUCGCUGAUCACCUUCUGA